AUGAAGGACGACGAUGCGGAGCAACGAAGGAAGAGACAAGAAGAGGAAACGGCAAGCCCGCCCUCGUUCUGGUCUUUUCUUGUUCAGAAAGCCUUCCUGUUGGAUGAGGAUGUCGAGAGGCAGAUGCCUCUGAUCCAAGCCAGGAUACGAAGGAGCGCGACAAGGGCCGUUGGAGUGGGUUAUGAAUGGGUUACAGAACCUGAAAAGUGCACCAUCGAGUGGCCUGCCUCUCUGACACAGAAUCACAGGUCUUCUCGGUACUUUUGGUACGGUCACGACCACCUUUUCCGAGGUUUAUCUGCUACCAGUGUCGCCUUCAUCAAGGGAUGUGCCUCCAGUGAAGAGCAUGCUAGCACUGCUGGCGCUGCUUCUCAGCAUACCGGUACUACUGGUAGCGCUGGAGGUUUCAUGCCAGGAAUUGUAGUGGAAGAAGACAACUACUUUGAACGAGUGGAACACAUCCAAGAAAGCAGUUUUACAAAUAGAAACGAUCCACUCAUUGAGGGUCUUCUCCCAAGCUGUCAGUUCAUGGAAGGUACCUACGAUAUCAUCUACUACGGAGGGGAAUACAAAUAUUUCUUGCGACACCACCGCACAGCUCGAGGAACUCUAACCCUUAAAACAGCUUCAGUGGUACAGCAACCCACGGAUACCCAAGGUCAGCAACCAACAGAUGCCAAUACUUCAGCAAAUGCUACUACAAAUACCACCACCACAACAACAACAACAACAACAACCGAACGCCACGUGCUUCAAGGCACUGUGGAAAUGGAUCCCCAGAUGAGUGAGGAAAUAGAUGUUGUCCCGUACGGAGGCAACUUUAGCUUCGUAGAAACGGAUCGGUACCAACGCAUGGUGACACGAAAACACAUUCACCGCACCACACCCCAAGAAGAACCAUCACAACCUCCGACGGCGGCAGGUGUCGUUAGCCUCAAGGUCACCAGCGCCCCCACGGAACUAUUGCCAAUGAGAUACGGGGGUCAGAUCACUCCGAAUGUUUUCGUGGGGGAAAUGAAACUGCUUCGUCAGGAGAUGGCAAUCGGGCUACUGCAGGACUGUCCGCAACCCUGGGGGGAAAGCAAAGCCCGGGAUAAUGUCACUCGAUCUUCUACUCCCGCCACAGCCAAUCGCAGUGUGGCUGACUGUCAGACCAUGAUGCAAAAACGCAAGGAUACUUGCCUUUUAUGGAUGCGCCGGCAUUUGAGUAUUCUACCACCCGAAGUGGUGGUUCGUAUUGAUGAAUUUGUGUCACCGCCUCCUUUUUUCUUUUUGCAACAAGACGAUGUUGUUUUGAGUGUGGAUUGGUCCGGUGGCUUGCCCAGCUAUUCGGCUCAUUCUUGCUUGAUCGCGAGGAGACGGCGCUCUUCCUAA